ACACAGUAACGAUAACAUUUUUUGCCAUGGCCGCCUUACCGAGUCCCGUCGUCCUAAUCAGGGAGUAACAAAUACAGAAUGACUCGCAAAUUUCUGACAUUAUCCUUCCUUUGCAAAAUCACCUUGUUCUUGAUUUGGUUUUGAACAACUACAGAAAGAAUUUGAAGAUUUGAACCUUGAUCAAGUUUGAAACGUUUGCAGUAUGGAGGUUCUUUUCUUCGACACGCUAACCCACGAAACGAGUGAGGAGGUGAACAUGGAUCUGGUAAGGUUUUCCAUGCCUGUAUGUAUCCAUGAAGUGAGGGUGAUACCCAGGGGGUUUAGCAUCCAUCCUAGCAUUCAUGAUGACACUGGAAUGGGGCAAACCAGUCCUCACAGCUUUAAGUUGGAAACCUUUGUUCACAAGAUGAAGAGUUCCAGUGCAAUAUUUGAGAGGCUCGGCACAUUGGAGUACAAGGAGGGUAGUGACAUUCAGAUCAUCCCUAAAAAUCAGGUUGCGACUGAGAGCAUGGUGGUAAGGGGUCGGUACGGGCGGCUUACCCUCAUGGUCCUAGGUAUGCUAGCUUCAAGGGGUAAAGAACCAGAGAGGUCCCCUUCUCCACCUCCCCCACCACCGCCUCCACCACCAAAACAGGUUCCCCCACCUACUAAAAGGCCAAUUGAGGCUGUCAUCUCUCCUGAACCACCCAUGCCCCACCAAGCCCCUGACCAAUCUAAACCAGCAGAGUGGGAUUCCUGGAGCCAUGAACAGGAUGCAAAGAGACCCAGGUACACUGAACCACCACCUCCUGAACCCGUACCGGAGCCAGUACACAUACCAGCCCCAGCUCCCAUGCCGCAACCCCUCCCACCUCCCAAGAAGGGGCCUAGGACUCCAUCGCCACCCCACCCGGCAACGGGUGGAGUCGAGACGUGGGAGGACCCCUCUAAGGUCGACGAGAGAAAAGGACACAUGUGGCCAAGGGAUGAGGGGGAGGGAAGAGGGGACUGGAAAAGCACGGAUCCUUGGGUGAUACCACCGGCGGCAGAGGGAGCCGGACCCGCUCCAGAGCAUGGGGACGGAGGCGAGGGAUGGGAGCUGACCGACACCUGGGAGCCUGAAUGGGAAGAAGGGAACGAAGAUGACUGGGAAGGGGAAAGGGUGCAGAGAGGUCAUCGUGGACCCAGGACACCACCGGGAGAACCUGAUCAUUCCUCCUCGGACUAUUUGGAGGGAGGAGGGAGGGAGGAAGGAGACAAGGGUGAAAGGCCUGGAGCAGGAGUUGAUGAUGAAGAUGAAGAAGGAAGGAGGAGAGAGGAGGAGGCUGAACUGUUUGAACCUCUUUCUCCGGAGGAAGUGCCAUCACAGAGAAGGAGGUAUCCACGUCAGGAUGUUGAAGCCAUGGGAGAAGGAGAGAGACAGUCUGCUCAAGAAAACGAUGACACAGAUAGUGUAGGACAGGGUUAUGAGGAUAUCUUGAGCGAUGAGGAAGCGCUGGAAGACAGUGUGGAUAGCUUACGUGGUCUCCUCUUGGCUGGGGUUGACCUUGGUGGGCUUGAAGAUGAAUCCUGGCCAGAGAUACAGUCCUUUGACCCCUUUCAACAUGAACUGGUGCCUCUGAAGACUUUCAGUGACCUUGAUAUGACGAAUUAUGAGAAGCUGAAACAGAAGACUGAGGACCAGGCGAGCGAUGUACCCAAUGAGACCACAAUCAUUCAAGAUAUAGUUACGGAAUUCAAAGAUUCAGACCACAAUGCAAAAUGGGUGUCAGCUCUUGAAGACCUUCCUUCCCACCUUGACCCUGGCUUGGCCUUUGUUGGUCAAGACACUCUGGACGUCAUCAUUAGCUGGACCCUAGAGGCGCUAGACUACCAGGUAGCCAUGAAGCAGACCUUAGCAGUCAACAUCAGACAGCUGAAGGCUGGCAUGAAGCUGACGUGUCACUUGUGUGAGCUAGGGCCAUCUGUCUCUAAAAUCUUUGUGGAUGCUGGUAUUCAGGAAGCUCUGAUAAAGCUCAUCUUUACAGACCACAUGGCUUCAUCUCUCAAGCUGCUGGCUAUCAAAGCCAUGGACAGCGCCACCAAGUGGCAGGUGGGCAUUGAGAGAUUCCUUGGGGUACACCAAGACACUAAGAAGGAGGGCCCAUCAGGGUACCAACUGAUGGUCAAGUUCCUUCUCUCAGAGCAGACUGUCCGGGUCGUGACUGCUGCAGCCGUGCUUCUCAGCAAGCUUCACCUCUAUGAAGUCUUGACCAAUCUAAAGGAGGUUUCAGAAAGCAUUGCUGACCGAGUGCCUGCUCCAGAGGCUGAGAUGGAAGCAGGCUCUUAUCAGGGCAAUGAAGAGAACGCCGAAGAGGGCGAUGCCAAAACCCAGACGGAGGCUGUGGAGGAGACCAUCGACACCGUCGACGCCAGUAGCCUGGAGGAGGAGAGGAUGGAUGGGGACGCAUCGUCCAUCAGCUGCGGCGACGUCGACAAGGUGAUCGGGCUCCUCAGCGAGCUACUCAAGAUCAUCCGGACUGCUCCUCAGUCAAUUGUUCAACCUCAAACCAAGCUACCAUUCUUCCCUACCUCGGUAACAAUCAACAGUCUACCAGCACCAGAUCCAUGGCCUGUCAUGUGCCAUAUGUUCAAACACAGAAGUCUGUUGGAAAGCCUGCUGCUCCUGCUUUCCUGUCCUGUCACGUCAUCCAAUGAGACAUUGAGUAGUAUGAUCAGUGAGAUCCUGACCGACAUACUUGACCAUUGGCCAGGUCUCCUGUACAUGUUCACUGAAGUUGAAACUUGCAAGACCCUCUUCCAAGCACUCACGAGUAACUAUGACGAUGAGGAAUCCACUGAAUUUGAAACCAGCCUUCAGCAGCUAGGACUCCGCCUCGUCUACACCUUGAGUGCACUACAGUUCAUUGACCUCGUCAAACAGCACCGUAUGACCUCCAACGACCUCUUGACCCGGGUCGAGAACGAGGGAGUGCUGGGGGCCUUGAGUGGGGCAUACAUGAUGGCGGGGAGCAGCCCCCACGGCAGGCAGGCCUUGGCUAGGGUUUUCUGUAUGUCUGAUAAUCUGGAAUGUCUUCUGCCUCUUGCUCAUCUCAUGGAAACAAGAGACGCAGGAGAUGAGAAAGUCCUGCUGACCAGCAAGAAGACUGCAACCUAUGGCUACGCAGCCCAGCUACUCACGUUCGUUGUACAAUACUCUGAAGACAUUCCAUUCAUGCAUAAGAAUGUUGCUGCCCUCUUAGAAAGCUGCACAGAAGAACACAUUGUUCACAAGUGGGUGGAGCCUUUGAAGACAAUCAAGCUAGACGCUAGCUGCAUCGGUAGCAUGGUUGAAUACCUCAAUCACAACAUGACCCAAAUGACAAGUAAUCUCACCAACAUAGCUCCUGGGAUCCUUACAUGUCUGAGGACAUUGCUUCAUGUAGUUUGCCCACCGAAGGUCAUGACUGAAAAAGGACUACAAGUUGACCUAAGGUACAAGGUUGCCACAAUGCAGCUGUUUACAUCAGGAGCACUGUCAGCUUUCACUACUUGUAUGAAGAAAGUGUCUGAUUACAUGCUGCGUCCAUGGCAACAAGGGAUCAGUCUUGCUAGUGGCCACACCCAUAUGCUAGAGAGCAUUGUUCUUUGUCUACUGAAGCUUGUCAAGAGCAUGCUAACACAGUUAUUACAACACACGGAUACACAGUACUGUGAUGAACGUCUGGUGAACAACCUGCUCCUCCUACACACCGUCAUCUGUUCUGCUCCUACCAGCGGCAUCCUUAGCAACACAGCAUCCGACAUUCAGAUUGGUAUCAUUGACAUUCUCAUGACCUUCACCAAGCCCAUGGGAGAGAUCAAGGACCAGACAGAAGCAGACGUUGCCAAGAGUUGCUGGACUAGGAUGCUGCACACAUUGUUGGAGUACAUCCCUUCGGCUCCUUUUGCCUAUAUUGGUGGUUUACAACUUCUCUGCGAGUUGCUGCCACUCCCACUUCCUAUGCAGACACAAGAGAGUUUAUCUGAGUCGGAAGUACAGCAGGCCCUCAACCUCCGUCGUCUAUGGAGCCUUCAUCUCCACUCAGAGACUGCGUCCAUUCAGAAGAUUCUUGGACAGCUCUCCCUGUCCAGCUCUCCACUCCUUCAUCAUUUCCUAAGGAGGUUCAGCUGCCAGUUGGCUGAUGUAGCUAGCUCGACAGCUCUGUUGGUCAUCAGGUCCUAUCUCCAUGCUCUGUUGUCAUGCCUUGAACCCAGAGAUGAAGGUAGUAACAAGGAAAGACCAUGUAAUGCCGAUGCUGCUAGAGUCUUGACUCUCUUGGUCUAUCUCAUCUCUCAACCGGCCAUCAAGGCAGCAUUCCUACAGCUCUCAAGAUCCAGUGCAAAGGGCGACGAGCAGUUUGUUGAUGUGUUGCCACGGUUACUGAUGUUAUUGAAUGAGCCUUAUAGAGCGUCUACCCACCAGCAGGCUCAAGAAUGCAUAGUGACCUUUUUGCAGUCCAUCUGUGACCCUGAGAUCACCCUCAUGUCCUCCGAGACCAUGCUGAUGAAUGAACAUCUAUCCUGCAGCCUGCCCUCUAGGGAGCACAUGGACAUGGUCUGCGGAGCAUUGCUGGAUCACGUGACCUGUCCUAACCAUUCCUACGCAAGCAUCCUCCCAGCUCUUCGCAUGCUGACCAUGCUCCUGGAUCACAACUAUGGCUUCUUCCAUCUUAAGAGCUCAUUGGACAAGAGACCUGGAGCCUUCCACAGUCUCCUGGGUCGUCUUACAGAGGCCUUCAGUAGGGAGAGCUCUGACUACCUCUCCACCCUGUCCAACACACUGGACCUGCUCCACCUCCUCCUCUCCAGGGAGGGAGACCAGGAGACAAGUAUGGGGGAGGAAGGUGGAGCUGCAGGAUCUGGAGGGUACAGGACACUAGCCAUGGAUGUCACGGAGCUGGGAGAGUCCUUGAGGUGGUCUGAAGAUGCUGCACACCCGCUGAGGAGGUUGGAGAAGAUUCUUGUGGAUUGUUGUAAGCACGAUGAGACGAUGGAGCAUCUCCUGGACACCGUGACCUCUCUCCUUCAAGCCUUAGACAACCCUGAAACCAAGCUAUCCAACCCACCGUACUCCAUGCUACCCGAUAGUUUGACCCUCCAUGACCAGUUCAACGGCCGUCUUGUCUUCUACGUGACGGAGGAUGACGACGAGCGGGGGACCACGGGAAUGUGGAUCGGGCUGCCUUCCCUCGAUGAGCUGGAUACCGAACCAGAAAUGGUUCGCUGUGACCUGGAAGAGAUCAGAGCCAAACUAUUGCCAAACUUUGACCUUCAAUCAGAACUUGCAAAGGGACUUGGUGUGGAAGAUGUGUCACCUGACAAGAAGAAGAGGGGCUUGACCAGACGAUACAACCCUCUGACAUUCAGUUCAGGGAACAAAGGAGCGAGUGGAAUCCGUCGAGCACACAGAGGCUAUGGAAGACCAGAUUUUGGUCGAAGAGGGCGUGGUGGAUACGAUCUCUUCCGACAGCGUGCUCAGAAUACCAGUAGACCGCCCUCAAUGCAUGUUGAUGAUUUCAUGAAUGCAGAGCAAGAUCAUACAGGUGGGCAACAACAACAGCAACAGAAAUCACAAAGAGGUCCACCAGGAAGGAGCAUACGAGGUGACUUCCAGAGGGGCGGGAUGAGAGGAAGAGGUGGUUUCCAUAACAACCAAGGAUCGUGGAAUGGACCGAAUUACAGAAGAGAUGAUGGUAGUCCGAUGGGACGAGGUGGGCGUGGUCGAGGUCAGUGGGUCAAUCGACAGCAAAGGCCCUUUGAAGGUGGACCCAGGGGAUUCCCCCAAAGGAGUCGCUCUGAUGGUGGACCAGACAACCGGAUGGGACCACGAGACCAGUCGUACAACCGGAGCGGAGGGGGUCACGACAGGGGUUACCAGCCCCACGGUGGCCCCAGGGGUGGUGGAGGAAUAAGAGGAGGAAGGGGCGGUAGUGGCAGUGGUGGUGGUAGCGGGGGCAUGUCAAGGGUACCCUUCAGCCCAAGACGAGGGGCAGGUGGCAGUGGUGGAGGAGGUGGACGAGGAGGAGGUGGUGGUGGAGGUGGUGGAAGGGGGUAUAGACCCAGCAGCUCACAAGGUGGUGGAGAGAGAUGGGGAGGCAUGGAUAGUGGAAAUAGGUUCCUGACACCUAAGCCGAUGCGAGGGAAUAGGAUGGGAGGAGGUAGCCGUGAAAACCAAGGCAGACAUAGUCGAUCAUUCACCAGGUAGAUCAACAAAGACAGCUCUCAAGGAUAAUAACUGCUCAGAUGAUUGUAGCAGACGUGGAAAACCUGCAGACAGAAAGGACGUAAUGAGUGCCAUAGCAGACUAAGCCACCCCUUUACUAGAAAAUUUAGUAAACUGUGAUAUGACAAACUUGCUUUACAGAGAGAUCACUAAUGUCCUUUGGAAAGGCACUUAUCCACGUUUAUCACUCUCCACCCAGGUGUUAAAUGGGUACCCGGUAGGAUGUGUUAGUCAGUGUGAUUAGAUUGACAUGUGUGCACCGAUAAACGGUUGCCUGGCCAGGAUACUCCCCAGGGCGUGGAGAUGGUGCACUUUAUGUGUGGAACAGUGAUGGAUCGUAUGACUGGAUAAUAAUAAUUACAAUGUAAAGCACUUAGAAACUUGAGUAUGAAGCGCUAUAUAUGUUAUUAUUAUUGUUGAUAUCAAUAAACUGAAACACAAUCCUCUUUGUACAAAAGUGGAACAGACAGUUGACAUCAUUUAUUCUGCAAAGAUCAACACAAUAAAAUACUUCUUUGAAGAGGGCCAUCACACAUGGAUUGACAGCACGUCCCACUCUGCACAGAGAUCAACAAACUUGAGACACUUCUCAAAAUUGCUGUUGCCUCAAUUAGCUUCUACAUGCACUAUUCUGUAAUCUUAGAAAUUAAAGAGCAGUUACUACUUCAUAUUUCAAUAGUAUCAUGUAAUGUGGGAAACCCCAACUGAUUGAAAAAUGUCAGGAAAGAUGCUUUGCCAGGUUCAGGCUUUGAAUACUGGGAAAUGACACGUAUACCAUUCACAUGUAAUGAAUAGCUUUCCAAUUUGUUAUUUUGCUUUGUAACAAGACAUGUCUAUCACAUUAUCUUACAUACCGGUAUAUAAGAUGCUCUUAAUUUGAUGGAUAAAUCUCAUGAUAGUGUUAUAUGAUUGCUAAGGGGGCAUAAGAGAAUAGUGACAUAGUGAAUGAUUGAUGUGAACAGUCACCUUGGGGGAGUGUUCAUGAGCAAUUCUUUUUUCUUUUCUAUGAAUAGAUUGAGUUUAAAUGUCAUUUUCCAACUCACACAAUACAUUUAAUGUUUAUCUGUUUGUAUUGGCUAAAUGUAAGUUUGUUGGUGUUUUGCCAGCCCAUGCAGCACCAAAAAAUAUAUGAAAGGAACCACAAAAUCAAACAUUAUGCAAAUAUCACUUUGUCGUUUGAACCAUUUCAAGUAUAGUAUCAAUGUGAUGUUGAUCAUGAUAUGAUUUAAAGCGUGGAUUUUCAGAGAUAUAUAUGUUGGUUUACAUGUUUAUCAUCGACAGGAAAUCUGAGAUAAUUAAUUGAAAUUGAAUAAAUUGACUUAUCUGACAUUAAAACAGGAUUUUUUUUAAACCUUGUUAGGGUUAAAGAUAAACACUAUUGUGAUCUUCAUGUAGGUGUCAUAUAUAAUGAUAUGAAGAUUUAAGAUUACAUUUGAUGUGUUAAUGAUAUAUCAACACAUUUACCUGCACCUAUAUUGCAAUUCACACCCUGAUACACUUAAAAGUGAGACAGCUUAUAUGAUUGUCUCAUAUCCUCACAGAUCUAAGAGAUGUCAUAAAAUGCUUAUGAUUGAUAAAUGCAAUUAUUCUUAUACAGCUUGUCAGCUUGAGACAUGCACCCAUUUAAUUCUUAUUUUUUGAAUCGGUUGUUGUACAUAAAAACCCUUGGUCUUUUGUAAAAUAUUCAAUGAUCUUGAUUUUUUUUAUUUGAAAGCUGUGUUAGCUGCUGUAUGUGUACAAAACAUGUUUGUGAGCACAUUGAAAUGUCAGUACAUUAAUUGUGAUUAUUUUGUAAAUAAUCUUGACCAAGAAUAAAAUCACACUUUUUCAUGAGA